AUGAAUAAUAUAAUAUUACCAUUAUAUAUACAACAAAAAAUUAUUAAAUUUUGUUAUUUUGAUAAAGUUAAUCAAUUUAAAUGGAAAUUAUCAUUAUGUUUAAUUUCAAAAAAACAUUUUGAAUAUGUUUCAAAAUGUUUUACAAAAAUAAAUUCAUCAAUUUUAACAAUUGAUCCAAAGAUUAUCGUAGAGAAAUUAAAUAAUCCAUUUUGUCCAUUAAAAUAUCCAUUAAUUUUAAAUAAUUCAUUUACAAUUGACUUGUUACCAAAAUUAAUUGAAUCAAAUAAUGA